CCCACCUCUCGCGCGCGCGGAGAUGGCGGAGCUGAACGUCGGGCGGCACUGCCAGGUGGAACGCUGCCGGCGGCUAGAUUUUCUUCCCUUUGUAUGUGAUGGAUGUUCAGGAGUAUUUUGCCUUGAACACAGGAGCAGAGAGUCCCAUAGCUGUCCUGAGGUGACUGUCCUCAACAAGAGAACGAAGUCAGACACCCAUACAUCUCACCCAUGCUCUUUCAGGGAGUGUGCUGAGAGAGAGCUUGUGCCCAUCAUGUGUCCUUACUGUGAGAAGAACUUCUGCCUGAGACACCGUCAUCAGUCAGAUCACAACUGUGAAAAACUGGAAAUCCCUAGGCCUCGUAUGGCUGCCUCUCAGAAACUCGUCAAAGAUGUUAUUGAUUCCAAGACAGGAGAGACAGCAAGUAAACGACGGAAAGGUGCAAAAAAUAGUGAAACAGCUGCAAAGGUAGCACUGAUGAAAUUAAAGAUGCAUGCUGCUGGAGAUAAGUCAUUGCCACAGAUGGAAAGAAUUUACUUUCAGGUUUUCUUACCUAAGGGGAGCAAAGAGAAGAGGAAAGCCAUGUUCUUUUGCCGAGGAUGGAGUGUCGGAAAGGCCACAGACUUCGCAGCUUCUUUAGCUAGCCUUAAAAAUGACAACAACAGACUAACAGCUAAGAAAUUGAGGUUAUGUCACAGUGUCUCAGGAGAGGCCUUACCCUUGGAUCAUAUUUUGGAAACCUGGAUUGCUAAGGAGGAUUGUCCUUUGUACAAUGGUGGAAAUAUUAUCUUGGAAUAUCUGAGUGAUGAAGACCAGUUUUUAAAAAAUGUUGAUUCUUACUUGGAAUAACCAUGCAGGGACUCAAGCCAGAAAUCAAGAAGAAAAUUCAACAUUAAGUCAACUUCUUUUACUACAAAUACUAUAUAUAUAUAUUUUUUAAGUUCCUUUUGAAUUCUAUUAUGUCAUAAUUUACAUUAUUAGUCUUCUAUUAAAUUGAAUUUGAAUUUUUGUGUUUUCAAGUGUAACCAUUAACUGACAUCCAGUUAUUAACAAAUUCUUGUACCUAAUUAACUUUUAUUAGUUUAUGCUGUAAUUACAACAACAAAGGUGUAUUUCUCAUUUGGUUAAUGUCAGCUUUGAUGGGCCGUGACUCUGCUCUAUGUUAUCUUUACUCCAGAAUCUAAGAUGAAGCUUUGACCCUUUUGGGGGACAUUACCAUUCUUAUUGACUAUGCCAAAGCCUUUGACUAUGUGGAUCACAAUAAACUGUGGAAAAU